CCUGAAAUUAAAAAAAUAAAAUAAAAUAAAAUCCAGCGGCUCGUUUCUUUCUAAUGACAUAUAAAACUGUUUCCUCCUCAUAUCAUAAACCCCACAAACACCCCCCACUUAAAUAAAUACCAACAAUCUUCUUCUUUGCUCUUCCCCCAUCCUCCAAAAAACUAUUAGAGCUUUUUCUCAGAAAAACAAAAACAAACAAACAAAAAAGAAAAAAAAAAAAAAAUUGCUUCAAUUUUUACUUGUACGAAGAAUCUGAAGAAAAAAUGCGGAUGAGCUGCAAUGGAUGCCGAAUACUACGAAAAGGGUGCAGCGAGAAUUGUAGUAUAAGGCCGUGUUUGCAAUGGAUCAAGAGCCCCGAAUCCCAAGCCAACGCCACUGUUUUCCUCGCCAAGUUCUAUGGCCGUGCUGGACUCAUGAAUCUCAUCAACGCCGGUCCUGAACACCUCCGUCCUGCGAUUUUCCGAUCAUUGUUGUACGAGGCUUGUGGACGGAUUGUGAACCCGAUUUAUGGGUCCGUUGGAUUGUUGUGGUCCGGUAGUUGGCAGCUUUGCCAAGCUGCCGUGGAAGCCGUGCUCAAGGGCACUCCUAUCACGCCGAUAAACUCCGAAGCUGCAGCCAACAGCCAUGGCCCACCACUGAAGGCUUACGAUAUCCGCCACGUGUCCAAGGAUGAAAACUCCGCUGCCUCCAAUGAUCAUCAGAAGGUCAAGACCCGGUGCCGUUUCAAGCGGUCCGCUGUCGUCAAGCCCAAGCCCAGGAAAUCGGGUGGGUUCCGGUCGGUUAGCGACUCGGCCUGCUGUGAAGCAGCUAACCCCAAGUGGGCAAGCUACUGCACGGUCACGGACGAGUUGAACCGGUCGACUAGUCACGAGUCGUCGGUGAGUCACCAGUCGGAGGCGGUCAACUUGGACGGCGAGAGCAAGGAAACUGAGAGCAUGAUCUCCGUGGAGACGGCGGAGGCGUCGUUGUUCCGAACGGAGCCAGAGCUGGCACCGAAGUCCGACGAGCCAGUGCAGGAAGGCGAACUGGCUCUGGAACUGACCCUGAGCUUGGAACCGGUAUCUCGUGCGCACCACGUGGUUCCUGUGAAGAAGAGGAGGAUCGAAGCGUCUGGAAGCGUUGGAGGCUCAACGGCUGAUGACGGCGCGUGUAAGAUGGAGCUGGGCCUGGAGUAUCCCGCUUAAGUUUUUUAGAGCCCAAUGAAAAACAACAAAAAAAAAAAAAAAAAGAAAGAAAAGUAGUUCAGUUUUGACGGCUCAGAUCGGCUUCGGCGUCCUUUUGUUUACAUAGAAGAGAUCAUGACCCUUCCUUUUGUGUUUUUUUUUUUAAUUAAUUAUUUUUUGUUUCCGAGCUUUUUUUUACUGUAGUUUUUUUUUUAUUUUUUUCUUUUUACCCAGCGAGAUGUACAAAGUUUGGUUAAAGUUGCAUAUAAAAAGGGCUGGUAAAUUUGAAUAGAGAAGCAACAAAUCUUUUGCCGAA